UCCUGCGAAAAAAGGCAUUUAUCACGUUUGAUCGUGAGAGAAGUUUAUUGAUUGGAGAUUUCAAAGUGUCAUGAUUGGCGAGACUGGAGUUGUCGAGAAAACCACAGGUUUUCAAAUCUUCCAUCAUGACCGCCAACGCCGAAGAGGACAAGAUUUUUCGCAUAAACAAUCGUUUAUGUCAUUUUUCGAGUAACGGAGCAUAUUUGGCAGUUGCAUUUCAGACGAAUUUGCAAAUAAUGGAUGCAAGGACUCUCGAGACCCGUCAAUCGUUUAUAUUUGCGGAUGUGAUACAGCAUAUGGAAUGGUCUUUAAAUAGCGAAUAUAUUUUAUGCGCGAAUAUAAAAAAGGCUAUCGUACAAGUAUUUUCGGUGAAUUAUCCGCAAUGGAAAUGUAAGCUCACCGAAGGUAGUGCGGGUUUGCAGAGUGUUGCUUGGUCCCCAGAUAGUAAAUGCAUUUUUACAAUAGCAGAUUUUAAUAUUCAAAUAUCUAUCUGGAACUUGGAAGAUCAGACGGUGUCACAUAUACAAAAUCUAAAGACCUCUGCUUUCGAUAAGUUACAUUUUAAUCCGGAUGGUAAGAAAUUGGCUGUGAUAGUUACAGAGGAAGGUCAGGAUAAUGUGGAGAUUUACAAAACUGAUAAUUGGAAGAUAAGUCGAAAACUUAUCUGCGAGCGUUUACGUAGCAUCGACGGGAUCCGCUGGUCGCCGAACGAUGAAUUGUUAUGUAUAUGGUGUUCCUCUCCCGCCGAACCGAAACUGCUCAUUUAUUCCACUGUAUGGGAGAAACCCGUGGGUACGUUUCUUCCAUUGGAGACGCACAAGGAGCUUAAAGGAAUCGAAAAUAUUGAAUGGUCUCCCAGUGGACAAUUAUUAGCUGUAAUCGGAUUUAACGAAAUGAUUAUCCUUCUUAACUAUAUCACAUGGAAACCAUUGUCGCAAUUAUAUCUGGAUCCUGUGAUCAGGGAAUCUAAUUACUUAACAAGAGUGUACAAGGAAUGCACUGAUUUGGAAAAAACUUCUAAUAAACGCUUUGCUUCAUGCGAGGAAUGCAUUGUAUGUGAAAUACACGAAAGGCCAAUAUUUAUAGAAAUUGGGAAGAAAGAUGAUAAUGACAAUUUCUCAAUAGCAAAAGUAAAACUAUUUGAAUUUAGCACAUGUGGACAAUACUUGGCCCUGAAGCAUGAGCUUUAUCCUACCACAUUGUGGAUAUGGAAUAUCUGUACGGACUAUCUUGAUUACCUGUUACUCGAAAACCCCAUUACAGCUAUCAAAUGGAACCCUGUGCAUCCACAAUUGCUCGUGUUCUCUGAAUGUACAUGUGUUUAUGAAUGGACCCAAAACGGUGUACAAUCUCUGCCGAUGUCUAAAAAUAUGACAAUCGUGGAUGCAUAUUGGCAUCCCACAGGAGAAAAAAUUGCGUUAUGCGGUUAUAAUAAAGCGAUGAUUUAUUCCAAUAUAUGAAAAUUGCAAAUGCAUGUUAAUGCAUAAUAUAAUUUUUUUAAUUAUAAAUCCAGGCGGUUUUUUUAUACUGUGCUAUACAAUUUUCUGAUAUUGCUUUUAUAGGAAAACAAGUUAAGUGUUAAAAUAUUAUACAUACUGCACUUUAUGAUCGAAGUUGAUGAACAAUAAAAAUUUAUAAAGAAUUAGGAGUAUUUACAACAUAUGUAGAUCGAUCGUCAAAGAUGUUGUGUUGUAAGAGAUAUAUAGAAGCAGUUUUCUCUAUUCAGGAGUGUAGUUAUAAAAUACGAUUUAUCUUAGUCACUCCUCGGUCUAGUAAUUUUUGUUCAAAACAAUUAACAAAAAUAUUUUUAAUUUAAUUUUUUAAAUUUUUAUUUAAAAACAAAUAAAAAAUGCCAAUCUGAAUUUACUAUUUCAAUUCAAGCAAAAAUGUAUUUUUUAUCAUUUCAUUCAAGUUUAGAAUAUUUUAUGCAUUCUUUAAAGUUAUUUAUACGAAAAUUUAUAUAAAAUUCUUAUUGUGUUUAUGAGAUAAUAGAAUAUGAAGAAAUUUGCAUUCUCAAUUUUCGCAAAAAAUCGAGAAAACAUUGGUGAUAGAAUUAUUUUGUUGAACAACUAACUUGCAAUUUUAGUCAUCGAAAUUUUUUAUAUGGAAAAAAAUAUACAUUUUGAAAGAUUUAUUCCAUAAAUUUUGAUACAAGACAUGCAGGGCGCAUAGUGCACUGAAAAUGGCAUGGUGUUUACAUUACUGUCAGAGAAAGCGAGUCUCCGCGAAUGGUUGUCGCGCGACCAUCUAUUCGUGAUACAUUACACGAAGAGGAUCAAAAGAUCCUAAACGAGUAUGAUUAUGCGGUUUAUGCACUAACAUACACGAUUCCCCACGCGCGCACGGAGAAAACAUAUUUUUCUGCGGCUCUUCUCUCUCUCGCGAUGCGUCUACCGGUGGCUUAUCUCGCCUUUUAUCACCGAGAAAGACGACCGUUGCGUGGGAACGUCUAUUUUCUCCAUGAUGGCGACAACGAAUGUAGGAAAGAUUGCGCGCGAGAAGGCAUUCAUUUAGCGUUGUUAUAAACGGCCAUGAAAUGCCGUUGAUACAUUAUAUUGUUUAGCUAGCGAAAAGAAAUCAUGUAUCCGAUAUAACGAAUCUAUUUUUUUUUUAAUUAUUUAAUAAAUAAGUAAUUUUUCGCAUUCACGAGAAAUGAUUAAGAGAGGAAGAUUUUAUUGUACAUAUUUUAUAUAUAUCGGGUGUCCGUCCCUAAAUGUCCGAGCAAAUAUCUCACAACUGAUUGAAGUUACAAGAAAGUUUAAUAAGAGAAAUUAGCACAGUUUUUAGUUCGUAAUGAAGCACAUGUAAAAAAAUUUUUUUGGCUCGUAACCUUUUCAAGUUAUAAAGGUCACCAUCGUUUUUUUUAAACGGAAUUCCCUAUUUUUUGUUGCAUAUUUUUAAACCCCUUGUCUAGACCUUUGUAAAACACUAUAAUAAAGUAUUUUUUUAUUAAGUAUUUUUCGAGUUAUUGUUUUCGAUAAUCUUAUCGUGAUACUUUUAUGUACAGAAUAAUGAGAUAAAUCAGUUGGUAUAAAAAAAAAUAGUUGUCUUUAAGAAAAAGUACGUAAUUAACUACAAUGUAUUUUUUUGGACAUUUAUGGACAGACACCCUGUAUAUAUAUUUGUAAUACUGUAAAAGUAAUUGGAAAAUGAUGUACUGUAUAUAAUGUUGCAAUUUGAAAACGUGUGUACAUGUGUAUGUGUGUGUGAUUUAGCACAGUAACGAUCUAGUUAUAGAAAUAAUGUUUUUGUUUGAAAAUAUUAAGUGAAAGCUUGUAUAUCUGAGAGAGAUGCAAGAGGUUUAUCGAACUAACCGUACUUAUUUGCAUCGCAAAUUUUCUUUCUGGGAAUAAAAUCUGCGCGCAACAUUGUUUUUAAAUUCGCGUGCAAAAUGUUGGUACGACUAAAAUGUCUUCUACCGCUGAUAAACGAUAAUUGUUGCGUGUACAUAAUUGGCGAGAAUAUAAGCGGCAAGAUUGUAAUUAAAUUCAUCGCUUUUCCAUGCGCCUAAUUACACGACCGUCCCGGUUAAAAUGGAUAAUUAGCCGAGUGUAGUGAAUUUCGAAGCAAAUAUAAUCGAAUCGGAAAAAAAUUAAUCUGUAAAGAUAAACUAUUCCACACACAUCACGCAAUCAAUGCAUGUAUUUAAAUUUGUUACAAUGUGCUGGAAUCUACCUCCGGUUUUUCAACUACAGCGGGACCACACCCUUCGAAUACAUAUCUGUUGUAUAUCUAUCUACAUAACGCAUAACAACACAUGUUUUUUUUUCGCGCUUUACCAUAUGCGACGAACAAGCGACGAUUUACUAUCUGCGGCCUCAUGUCUACUCGGGAGGACGUACAUUUCCUACUUUCUCCGCGAUCCGUUCGUCACACACAGCUCGUACGAAUAUUUACCAAUCUACUUACAAAUGUCUCGCGCGCGCUUCUCUCUUUUCUUCAAUAAUGAACGCUCGUUUACGAGGAAGAUUUAUCCACGAAAACGCAAUCGAUUUGUUUGUGCAAUCAAAAAGUAAUCUGAAACUAAUCUCACAAAGAAUACCGCGAUAUGUUAAAAAGAUUUUGUCAUUGAAUUUUUGAUUGUUAAAUUUAGAUGUUUGAUAUCUGUUUGUGAUUAGAGUCUACUUGAAAUUAAUUCAAGAAAAUAUAGCUCUCAUUAUAUAUUUUUGAGAUACAAAACUUUGUUUUUUUUAAAUUAAUAUGCCAUUUAUAUUCUUUUAUAUACUAUUUUCUCUUAAGAAUAUAUCUAACAUUUUAAUCCGGUUAAGAGAUACUGUUAAACAAGUUCUGCAAUAAUCUAAAUUAUGUUCAUCAAAGCCAUUCUAUGUCGCGAGCAUUAUUUGUCUAGUAUCCUUUUUUCAAAAAAUGUGAAUAUUUGUUAUUUUGUACUAAUAAAUAUUCAUAUCUUCUGUAAAAACGUUGCUCCCACCGCAAUUAAAUAUUAUUAUGAACGAAGGUGCUUUCUCGAUGUUACCCCCGCCAACUCUCUGUUCACUGCCACAUAGACAUACGAUCAUCUACCAUAUAUUACCGUUGUAAUAUAAACUUCUUUGCCUUCUCCGGCUGUCACUUCCUGCGAACUGCAGGGGAGCCGAUAACGUCAUUUCUAUACAUCGCACGCGAUCGGUUGCUGUGUCCCUCGUUAAAAAGCGCUCGUCCCAACAGCAUUUGUGCCAAUCAAUUAUUUGUAAAAAAUUCAUAUUACAUGCGCACCGAUUAUGAUAUCCGAAUAAAUAUCGAAUAAAAAAAUGUAAAUAAACGUAGAAAUAAGAAAUUGAAAAAUGUAUGUACGUUCAAUUACUGAUUCUUCAAUUUUUAUUGUAAAUCUCAAGAAACAACGAGGCAAAAGAAUGCAAAACCAUCGCGGUGUUGCUAUCCACAGCAGCGUAGCGUGCCGCAAGUGUAUAGCAGCGAACCGUUCACGUUCACUCACGCUCGUGUGCUCGCACACACAUGGUGUUUAGAAAGUCCGGCAACAAGAACACUACCAUCGACGACCGACAAGCGCGGAGGAGGUACACCUUGGUACCAAAAGGUAACGUGGUAGCCGAAGGUAGUGCACGCCGGUUUAGAGGUGGGGGCAUCUCUAAGCUAGCGGUGUCAGCGCUUCCUCGACGCUCACUGCUCGUCGACCCGUCGAGCCAUCGACACCGGGUGACAGAUCGGAGCGUAGAGAGUUUUUAAAUAAUUGUCCAUCACCGGGAGAGAGAGAAAAAAGGAUAGUCAAUCGGUUCAAGAAGAGGAAGAAAAAA